AUGCGCUUAAAGAGCGCUGCCGCAGCGCUUGCUGCAAUGACCUCGCUCUCCCAGCAUGGAGUCACGGGUCUGGUAAUGGUCACCAAGACUAUCGUCGAGACAGUCACUGCUCCUUCCGACGGCGCCUGCCAAGAUACGUUCCUGCCUCAGAAGAGCCAGGAUUACACCGUGAAGUCCAAUCUUGCCACCGACAUGCAGCCUGCCGAAGAGAUGGUCACGGGACCGAGCACAAUCACAACUUGGAUCACCACUACAACGACUGUGGGGUUGAUCACAUCCACCAGUGUCUUGAAUGCACUCGAGGCUCGCAGUGCUGUCAUGUCACUGGACUGUGGAUGCAAGAUCAACAAAGAGAAUGGUUUCAUCAGCUGCCCCUCUGAAGACGAGAUGCUGUCUGGCUCACAUUCUUGUGGUUACCCAGAAGGUGUGCCUGCCCCCGAGACUUCCGCUAGCCACGAUUCUGUCGCUCACACCAACACUGUCCACCAGUCCAACUCCAUGGGUGCCAAGCAGACUGCCAGGCAGUCAGACAUCCCACCACUCACUCAGCGGAGAGAUGCUUUGAACUCCGAGGGCUUCAUCGACCGGUGUUUUUACAAGCCUGGUACACGCUUCGACAUCACUAGCACUCCUGUGGACACUAGUGCGCCAACCUACAGCUUCGACUUCAAUCCCACCCUACUGGGCAAGCGUGGACCCUUCUUCAUUGACGAGAAAGGCCAGCUUUUUGAUGACUCAGGCUGCAUGGGGACUUUCGAUACGUUCAGCAAGUUCCGCCUUCGCUCACCGAUAGCGUUCAAAUUCCCUUCUCUAUCUACGUGGUCUGCUUGCGGGGAAGGCAACACGCUUCUGUUCGGCACCACCAGCCAAUUUUACCAGUGCGGGAAUGUCACCUUCCCGGCGGUCUGGAGCACGCUUCCACGUGGCUACUCCGAAGUCUCAGCGCAGGAAGGAUACAAUGUCACCACGUGUGUCAAGGCCAAGCUUGUCUGGAAUGAGAUAUCCAAGACGGACUUGAAGAAGCGGCAAAACAACCCAGACCCGAGUUCGUACACUUGGCCUGCCACGAACUGCCCUCGUCGGGACUUGUGCCCUCCACAGCCAACAAAGCUUGCCAAGCGUGGCCUACAAGACGACGUUCUUGGCGACGGCAUACGGCACAUCGACUACGAUUCGACAACAGGCACGUUUGCGUUCCGAGAAGAUGUCGAAACUCUAGCGCCGGGAGAAGAUGGCGCGCCAGCAUCUGUACAGACGAUCCCGGCUAGGACGAUGGUAUACAAGGAAGAGCCAGCCCAUGCCACAGCCGUUGCGAAGAAUCAGAAGCGCCAGAACCAGAAGCGCCAGAACGAUGGCUUCAUCAUGACUUCGUUUCAGACCGAGACAACCGCGAGGUCAUCGAUGGUACCAAAACUUCAGGCUCCGACGGAAGCCUCUACUACGGACUUGCAUGAUCGGCCUUCCGGUACUGCGACACAUGUUGCUCGCGAUUUCACGCCUGUCAUCUCGGUCAAGACGUACACUUUCUGGCCACGUACCACUAGCAUAACGUUCCACUACGCAGACACGUCUCUCGCGGUCGUGCCUAAGUCAUGGCUUGCAACAACAUUCACAGCCAGUGCACAAGCCGUACCGAUUACCCUCACGGAAACGUUUAACGUUACUGCGAGUGACGGAAAGACAGUUGCGACAAACGUACCUAUGACAGCCACCAUCACAGACUGGUCUCUGAUUGUCACUCCCACAAAUUUGCUCUUUGGGGUAAUUGACGACUACAGAGACAGUCCCGAUACGACUACCGCCAGUGAGACCGCCGCCACUUUUACGGCGACUGGUUACAUUCCUGCACCCAGCCCAGCAUCAACAUCGACCGCAGUGCCAGGCAACCUUCCAGCUACUGGCACGUCGGUCUCCGGCUUGAGCACACUCCUUGCCGGCGCCUCAAGUAGUGGAUGUUUCAUCAGCUGCGGCAGGCCGCUCCCCACCACAACUUUCUUGGCUUCUGACAGCGGCACUUCUUCAUCGUCCAGCCCGUCUUCCAGCUCGACCACGCUCACGGCCACGUCUACUGCUAGCGAUACGGGUCAUCCUGGAGCUCGGGGGUUACCAUUUACAUCUGUGUGGUCGACCACCACGGUGGAGAAUGGCACAACCUGCACUGUCACUCUCACCAGCGAGAACGCCAACCCUUGCCAGAUGGCGCAUGGCUGUGGCACAGCUACCAGGACCGUCACUACGAUCAUAAGUGCCGCCUACACAGUUCUGGGCAAGCAGACAAUCUCUAACGACGCCUACACGACGACCUACACACAGUUUGACAAUCCAGAGCCAGGUGACGGCCCAGGUCCAACAAAGCGGGAUGGAGAUUUAGAGGUCUCGACCCUCGAUGCUACUUCCACUACCGAGCCAAUUUCUCCUGCAAGCACUGCUGGCAAGACUCCCAUGAUCUCUAGUGCUCCACCGCCACAGGCUGGAGGAGCAUCGAAGGUGAUUGAAUCCGAUGGCAGCACCCAGCUUAUUGCUGCCACCGGCAUGGCUUUCUUUGCUGUGCUUGCAUUCCUUCUGUAA